UUCGUUGGAACGCUGCUCUGGGAUCUUUGCCUCCCUCGAGGCGCCUGGGCAUGAUGUCUUGUCCUAAGAAGCCUGAUUACUUACAGGCUUUGAGCCUUCUUCAGUGGCCCUUGAGCUACCUUGCCAUCUUUUUGAUCUUGCAGCCAUUGCUCAUUUACCUGCUGUUUACAUCCUUGUGGCCACUCCCAGUGCUUUACUUUGCCUGGUUGUUCCUGGACUGGAAGACUCCAGAGCAAGGUGGCAGGCAUUCAGCCUGGGUAAGGAACUGGUAUGUCUGGAACCACAUCAGGGACUAUUUUCCCAUUACGAUCCUGAAGACAAAGGACCUAUCACCUGAGCACAACUAUCUCAUGGGGGUUCACCCCCACGGCCUCCUGACCUUCGGCGCCUUCUGCAACUUCUGCACUGAGGCCACAGGCUUCUCAAAGACCUUCCCAGGCAUCACUCCUCACUUGGCCACACUCUCCUGGUUCUUCAAGAUUCCCCUUGUUAGGGACUACCUCAUGGCCAAAGGUGUGUGCUCUGUGAACCAACCAGCCAUUGACUACCUGCUGAGCCACGGCACUGGCAACCUCGUUGGCAUUGUCGUGGGAGGAGUGGGAGAGGCCCUACAAAGUGUACCCAACACCACCAACCUCAUUCUCCAGAAGCGCAAGGGGUUUGUGCGCACUGCCCUGCAGCAUGGGGCUCACCUGGUCCCCACCUUCACUUUUGGAGAAACUGAGGUGUAUGACCAGGUAGUGUUCCACAAGGACAGCAGCGUGUACAAGUUCCAGAGCUUCUUCCGCUGGAUCUUUGGUUUUUAUUGUUGUGUCUUCUACGGACAAGGCUUCCACCAAGGCUCCUUCGGGCUCUUGCCAUACCACAAGCCUAUCGUCACUGUAGUUGGGGAGCCUCUACCACUGCCUCAGAUUGAAAAGCCAAGUCAGGAGACAGUGGACAAAUACCACGCCCUCUAUAUGGAUGCCCUGCACAAACUGUUUGAGCAGCAUAAGACCCAGUACGGCUGCUCAGAAACGCAGAAGCUGGUUUUCUUGUGA